CGUUAUUUCAUUACCACUUUCCACUCUCCAAUCCCCAUACUCUCUACUCCAAUCUUCAUUUUGCUUCGUGAAUUCAUCUUCAUCGAAUUUCUCGAAGCUUCUUCGCUAAUUUCCUCGUUACUUCACUAGAAAUCGACGUUUCUAGCUGAACUUGAGUGAAUUAAGCCAGUGGGAGGAUAUGAGUAAUUCCUUAGGGAAUAACUUGCUGUACCAGGGAUUCCUAACCUCAACAGUGUUGGAACAUAAAAGUAGAAUCAGUCCUCCUUGUGUUGGAGGCAAUUCUUUGUUUCAACAACAAGUGAUCUCGAAAUCACCUUUAUCAACUGAGUUUCGAGGUAACAGGUUAAAGGUGCAGAAAAAGAAAAUACCUAUGGGAAAGAAGCGUGCUUUUUCUAGUUCUCCUCAUGCUGUACUUACCACUGAUACCUCUUCUGAGCUAGCAGAAAAGUUCAGUCUAGAGGGGAAUAUUGAGCUACAGGUUGAUGUUAGGCCUCCCACUUCAGGUGAUGUGUCCUUUGUGGAUUUUCAAGUUACAAAUGGUAGUGAUAAACUGUUUUUGCACUGGGGGGCAGUAAAAUUCGGGAAAGAAACAUGGUCUCUUCCGAAUGAUCGUCCAGAUGGGACCAAAGUGUACAAGAACAAAGCACUUAGAACUCCAUUUGUUAAAUCUGGCUCUAACUCCAUCCUGAGACUGGAGAUACGAGACACUGCUAUCGAAGCUAUUGAGUUUCUCAUAUACGAUGAAGCCCACGAUAAAUGGAUAAAGAAUAAUGGUGGUAAUUUUCGUGUCAAAUUAUCAAGAAAAGAGAUACGAGGCCCAGAUGUUUCUGUUCCUGAGGAGCUUGUACAGAUCCAAUCAUAUUUGAGGUGGGAGAGGAAGGGAAAGCAGAAUUACACCCCUGAGAAAGAGAAGGAGGAAUAUGAGGCUGCUCGAACUGAGCUACAGGAGGAAAUAGCUCGUGGUGCUUCCAUACAGGACAUUCGAGCAAGGCUAACAAAAACUAAUGAUAAAAGUCAAAGCAAAGAAGAGCCUCUUCAUGUAACAAAGAGUGAUAUACCUGAUGACCUUUCCCAAGCACAAGCUUACAUUAGGUGGGAGAAAGCAGGAAAGCCGAACUAUCCUCCAGAAAAGCAAAUUGAAGAACUCGAAGAAGCAAGAAGAGAAUUGCAACUUGAGCUUGAGAAAGGCAUUACCCUUGAUGAGUUGCGGAAAAAGAUUACAAAAGGGGAGAUAAAAACUAAGGUGGAAAAGCACCUGAAAAGAAGUUCUUUUGCCGUUGAAAGAAUCCAAAGAAAGAAGAGAGACUUUGGGCAUCUUAUUAAUAAGUAUACUUCCAGUCCUGCAGUACAAGUACAAAAGGUCUUGGAAGAACCACCAGCCUUAUCUAAAAUUAAGCUGUAUGCCAAGGAGAAGGAGGAGCAGAUUGAUGAUCCGAUCCUAAAUAAAAAGAUCUUUAAGGUCGAUGAUGGGGAGCUACUGGUACUGGUAGCAAAGUCCUCUGGGAAGACAAAAGUACAUCUAGCUACAGAUCUGAAUCAGCCAAUUACUCUUCACUGGGCAUUAUCCAAAAGUCCUGGAGAGUGGAUGGUACCACCUUCAAGCAUAUUGCCUCCUGGGUCAAUUAUUUUAGACAAGGCUGCCGAAACACCUUUUUCAGCCAGUUCUUCUGAUGGUCUAACUUCUAAGGUACAAUCUUUGGAUAUAGUAAUUGAAGAUGGCAAUUUUGUGGGGAUGCCAUUUGUUCUUUUGUCUGGUGAAAAAUGGAUUAAGAACCAAGGGUCGGAUUUCUAUGUUGGCUUCAGUGCUGCAUCCAAAUUAGCACUCAAGGCUGCUGGGGAUGGCAGUGGAACUGCAAAGUCUUUACUGGAUAAAAUAGCAGAUAUGGAAAGUGAGGCUCAGAAGUCAUUUAUGCACCGGUUUAAUAUUGCUGCUGACUUGAUAGAAGAUGCCACUAGUGCUGGUGAACUUGGUUUUGCUGGAAUUCUUGUAUGGAUGAGGUUCAUGGCUACAAGGCAACUGAUAUGGAACAAAAACUAUAACGUAAAACCACGUGAAAUAAGCAAGGCUCAGGACAGACUUACAGACUUGUUGCAGAAUGCUUUCACCAGUCACCCUCAGUACCGUGAAAUUUUGCGGAUGAUUAUGUCAACUGUUGGACGUGGAGGUGAAGGGGAUGUAGGACAGCGAAUUAGGGAUGAAAUUUUGGUCAUCCAGAGGAACAAUGACUGCAAGGGUGGUAUGAUGGAAGAAUGGCAUCAGAAAUUGCAUAAUAAUACUAGUCCUGAUGAUGUUGUGAUCUGUCAGGCAUUAAUUGACUACAUCAAGAGUGAUUUUGAUCUUGGUGUUUAUUGGAAAACCCUGAAUGAGAACGGAAUAACAAAAGAGCGUCUUUUGAGUUAUGACCGUGCUAUACAUUCUGAACCAAAUUUUAGAGGAGAUCAAAAGGGUGGUCUUUUGCGUGAUUUAGGUCACUAUAUGAGAACAUUGAAGGCAGUUCAUUCAGGUGCAGAUCUUGAGUCUGCUAUUGCAAACUGCAUGGGCUACAAAACUGAGGGAGAAGGCUUUAUGGUUGGAGUCCAGAUAAAUUCUGUAUCAGGCUUGCCAUCUGGCUUUCAGGACCUCCUCCAUUUUGUCUUAGACCAUGUGGAAGAUAAAAAUGUGGAAACUCUUCUUGAGAUAUUGCUAGAGGCUCGUGAGGAGCUUAGGCCCUUGCUUCUCAAACCAAACAACCGUCUAAAGGAUCUGCUGUUUUUGGACAUAGCACUUGAUUCUACAGUUAGAACAGCAGUAGAAAGGGGAUAUGAAGAAUUGAACAACGCUAAUCCUGAGAAAAUCAUGUACUUCAUCUCCCUCGUUCUUGAAAAUCUCGCACUCUCUGUGGACGAUAAUGAAGAUCUUGUUUAUUGCUUGAAGGGAUGGAAUCAAGCUCUUUCAAUGUCCAAUGGUGGAGACAACCAUUGGGCUUUAUUUGCAAAAGCUGUGCUUGACAGAACCCGUCUUGCACUUGCAAGCAAGGCAGAGUGGUACCAUCACUUAUUGCAGCCAUCUGCCGAAUAUCUAGGAUCAAUACUUGGGGUGGACCAAUGGGCUUUGAACAUAUUUACUGAAGAAAUUAUACGUGCUGGAUCAGCAGCUUCAUUAUCCUCUCUUCUUAAUAGACUCGAUCCCGUGCUUCGGAAAACUGCAAAUCUAGGAAGUUGGCAGAUUAUCAGUCCAGUUGAAGCCGUUGGAUAUGUUGUCGUUGUGGAUGAGUUGCUUUCAGUUCAGAAUGAAAUCUACGAGAAGCCCACGAUCUUAGUAGCAAAAUCUGUUAAAGGAGAGGAGGAAAUUCCUGAUGGUGCUGUUGCCCUGAUAACACCAGACAUGCCAGAUGUUCUUUCACAUGUUUCUGUUCGAGCUAGAAAUGGGAAGGUUUGCUUUGCUACAUGCUUUGAUCCCAAUAUAUUGGCUGACCUCCAAGCAAAGGAAGGAAGGAUUUUGCUCUUAAAGCCUACACCUUCAGACAUAAUCUAUAGUGAGGUGAAUGAGAUUGAGCUCCAAAGUUCAAGUAACUUGGUAGAAGCUGAAACUUCAGCAACACUUAGAUUGGUGAAAAAGCAAUUUGGUGGUUGUUACGCAAUAUCAGCAGAUGAAUUCACAAGUGAAAUGGUUGGAGCUAAAUCACGUAAUAUUGCAUAUCUGAAAGGAAAAGUGCCUUCCUCGGUGGGAAUUCCUACGUCAGUAGCUCUUCCAUUUGGAGUCUUUGAGAAAGUACUUUCAGACGACAUAAAUCAGGGAGUGGCAAAAGAGUUGCAAAUUCUGAUGAAAAAACUAUCUGAAGGUGACUUCAGCGCUCUUGGUGAAAUUCGCACAACGGUUUUAGAUCUUUCAGCACCAGCUCAAUUGGUCAAAGAGCUGAAGGAGAAGAUGCAGGGUUCUGGCAUGCCUUGGCCUGGUGAUGAAGGUCCAAAGCGGUGGGAACAAGCAUGGAUGGCCAUAAAAAAGGUGUGGGCUUCAAAAUGGAAUGAGAGAGCAUACUUCAGCACAAGGAAGGUGAAACUGGAUCAUGACUAUCUUUGCAUGGCUGUCCUUGUUCAAGAAAUAAUAAAUGCUGAUUAUGCAUUUGUCAUUCACACAACCAACCCAUCUUCCGGAGACGACUCAGAAAUAUAUGCCGAGGUGGUCAGGGGCCUUGGGGAAACACUUGUUGGAGCUUAUCCAGGACGUGCUUUGAGUUUUAUCUGCAAGAAAAAGGAUCUCAACUCUCCUCAAGUGUUAGGUUACCCAAGCAAACCGAUCGGCCUUUUCAUAAAACGAUCUAUCAUCUUCCGAUCUGAUUCCAAUGGGGAAGAUUUGGAAGGUUAUGCCGGUGCUGGCCUCUACGACAGUGUACCAAUGGAUGAGGAGGAAAAAGUUGUAAUUGAUUACUCUUCCGACCCAUUGAUAACUGAUGGUAACUUCCGCCAGACAAUCCUGUCCAACAUUGCUCGUGCUGGACAUGCUAUCGAGGAGCUAUAUGGCUCUCCUCAAGACAUCGAGGGUGUAGUGAGGGAUGGAAAGAUUUAUGUCGUUCAGACAAGACCACAGAUGUGAUUAUAUUCUCGUUGUAUGUUGUUCAGAGAAGACCACAGAUGUGAUCAUAUUCUCAUUGUAUCAGAUCUGUGACCACUUACCUGAUACCUCCCAUGAAGUUACCUGUAUGAUUAUACGUGAUCCAAAGCCAUCACAUCAUGUUCACCUUCAGCUAUUGGAGGAGAAGUGAGAAGUAGGAAUUGCAAUAUGAGGAAUAAUAAGAAAAACUUUGUAAAAGCUAAAUUAGCUGGGUAUGAUAUAGGGAGAAAUGUGUAAACAUUGUACUAUAUAUAGUAUAUACACACGCAUUAUGUAUUGCAUUAUGUACUGAAUAAUAUCGCAGCAUCAAAGAAGAAAUCCUUUGGGUGGUUUCAAUUGCCCUA